UAGCAUGCUCAGUUGACAAUCACAUAUGAAGACGUGAGAGACUGCGAGAAUUUCUCUGCAGCAACAAAUAGACCUCCGAAAUAUAAACCUGUAUUUCGCAAAUAGGUGGAGGUCGAGAAGUGGCAUCAUGGACGUGUCCAGCCACAGCCUGUUCCUCCUGCAGCAGCUCAACAUCCAGAGGGAGUUCGGCUUCCUGUGUGACUGUACUGUCGCCAUUGGCAACGUGUACUUCAAGGCCCACCGGGCCGUCCUGGCUGCCUUCUCCAACUACUUCAAGAUGAUCUUCAUUCAUCAGUCAAGUGAGUGCAUUAAAAUACAGCCCACGGACAUCCAGCCGGAUGUGUUCAGCUACCUGCUCCACAUCAUGUACACUGGCAUGGGCCCCAAGCAGCCAGUGGACCAGGGCCGCCUGCAGGAGGGCAUCAAGUUUCUCCAUGCCUACCAGCUGUGCCGUAACCCCGACGAGGGGUCCCCCGAUGUCGGCGACCUGGUCCGUAUGUCCAACCUGUACGGUAUUCAGAUUUCAUCCCAGUUGGCCAACAAAGAGGGUACUGGGGGCCCUAAAGGUAGUGCAGGGACCCGAAGAGGCGGCGGCCCGGAGGACGGGCGUUCGUCCACCCAGGCGGGCCGCUCCCACGCCGCACAGUUCUCGAUGACCGUGGGGAUGGAGGGCAUCCCCUCCUCGGACCGUCAGCCCUUCUCUGGUCUCCUCCGUGGCGUCUCCUCAGUGGCUUCCGGCGACGACUCAAACAUCUCGACACGCAUCAAGCAGGAGAGGGUGGAGGAAGGGGAGGGAGAGGAGGGCCACCAGGCACUGGGAAGGGUAGGGUCCCCAACGUCUCCUUCAGCCCAGGGCGGCAGCCCCUGCCAGGGCCUCCUGUUCAAGGAUGGCCCUCUGGUGCUGCUGUGCCCCCGCUGUGGCGAGCGCUGCUCCUCCCCCGAGGGGCUCCGCAAGCACCUGUUCAGCCAUGCCGCCUGCACCAUGGAUCCCAGUGGACUAAUGGAGGGCCUCUCCCAGGGCGGGGUAGGGGACCCGGAGGGCCCUGAGGACCAGCAGCAACGUGGGGCCCCCCAGGAUCAGCUAGAUGCAGGCUGCUUGGAGGAGGCCCUGCGGCAGAGCCAGGCCUUAGCUAAUGAGCUAGCUGCUGAGCUAAGUUGGAGCAGGGGCGGUAUAGCCAUUGGCACUAGUCCACCCCCCACCACCACCUCCACUACCAGUCAAUCACGAAAGCGCAAGAUCGCUUGUGCUGUGUGCAGCUUGCGUUUCGCCCAGAAGAGCCAGCUGCAGGAGCACAUGUAUACUCACACGGGCAAGCCGUCACGCUACCACCGCUACAGCCGCCUCUGCAGCCAGCUCAUCCACGCCUCCGGACACUUCUGCGAGGGGCCACCGGAGGGCGGCGUUGGGGUGGCAGCAAGCACCACAGUAAUGUUGGCGGAGGAGUCCAACAGGGAAGCUCAGGACAAUGGCAGCUCCUGCUAUUCGCUAGACUCUGAGAUCUCACAAGAGAGCGUAGAUGCCGUCACUGUGGAAUGAAAGUGGAAAAAACUGUAGAAAUAAAAUUAAUACAUAGUCCCAAAUAUUUUUUCUUAUUCUUAAUUCCAGAUAGUACCUCCUGUUUCAGUUUGUUUUCUUCGGUUUGAUUCCUACUGAACAUGACCUUGUUUCAGUUGCAGGGAUACCUUACCUUUUGUCAUUAUCCUUCCACUUAUCCACUUAUAUCCUGUCUUUUGUCGAUACUGUCAUCUUUCUGUUGGUUAGAUGAAACCCUGUGAUGUGAUUCCAGUGUAAACCGUAUCGUAUUUUAUUCAGUGAAUGUCUGAAUAGAAUAGAACAUUGUUUUUACACGAUACCUGUGUUCUCUCUCUGUUGUCAUAUGUUACCAGCUGAUAUUGAUUGGAAUUUAGCAAAUACUAUGUAUCUGCAUUUAUUUCUGAGAAUUUGCACUUUCCGAAAUAAGUAGCUGUUGAAACAGGUACAGCACCAGUCAAAAGUUUGGAUACACCUACUCAUUCCAAGGUUUUCCAU